AAUUGGUUUGGUAGUUGAAUAUAUUUUCUGGGUUUUGUUUUUUGGAAUUUUUGGAGGUGGUUUGGUUUGUUGGUUGGAUAAUUGUGAAACUUGGAAGCACACAUUUUUGAGACAUGGCUACAAACAAAAACAGAGAUGCUGAAGGAGCAAUUUCCUUAUUACUCAAUUACAAGGAUAAGGGCACCUCCAAAUGUGGAAGUUUUUCAUUCUCUGGACUUUCACCACUGCAAAGACUUAGGGUUUUCUAUGGCAACAUAAAGUGAGAGAAUUGUUGAGGCUUGGGCAUCAGAAUCUCUAGCAUUGCCUUUCAGUUGCUCCAUUAUACUGUAGUAACCAAUGUCUAACUCCUGGGAUAAAGUUUGCAGUUUUCUGGAGACGAUGGAUAUCCAAAAUUUACGCUCACCUCAUCCAUCUUCAUUCUCAUCUUCAUUAAGCUCUAACUGCGACGUGAAUCCUUUGCCAAUUGAUGUUAGAAGAUGGGAGGUGGGUGACAGGACGGCUCAGCAGAUUUUGUCCGUUAUCCAGCCUAAUGCUGAAUCUGAGAAUAGGAGGAAAGAGAUCAUUGAAUAUCUUCAGAGGCUUAUUGAAGAUGUUUUUGAAAUAAAGGUUUUCCCUUUUGGAUCCGUUCCUCUUAAGACCUACCUUCCACAUGGAGACAUCGACUUGACUGUAGUUAGUUAUUCCAAUACUGGCCAAGAUUUAGCUGCAGAGAUCUGCCAUCUCCUAGAAAAUGAAGAGAAGAGAAACACUAGUUUUCAAGUUAAGGAUGUGCUUUGUGUCCCUGCGCAGGUUAAAAUUGUUAAAUGCACUGUGGGCGGAAUUUGUGUAGACAUAUCCUUCAAUCAAACAGCUGGGCUUUGUGCACUGUACUUUCUUGAGCAGGUUGACCGAUUUAUUGGCAAAGAUCAUUUCUUCAAGCGCAGUGUGAUUCUCAUCAAAGCAUGGUGCUAUUAUGAGAGUCGAAUCCUUGGUGGAUUCCAUGGUCUAAUAUCAACAUAUGCUUUGGAGACUAUGGUCUUGCAUGUUAUCAAUCUUUUCCAUUCUUCAUUGACUUGUCCUUUAGCAGUCUUGUAUAAAUUUUUAGAAUACUAUAGCACAUUUGAUUGGACCAGAUAUUGCAUUGAUAUUAAUGGUCUUGUCUUAAUAUCAUCUCUUCCAGAUAUAGUGGUGCAAGCACCACAUGGCUGCGAUGAUUUAUUGUUGACUGAUAAUUUUCUAAGGAGUUCUAGAGAAGCAAUCUUAUCUUCUAUGGGAGUUGUUGGAACCAAGAAUUCUGUAUUUCCUGUAAAGUUUCUCAACAUUCUAGACCCUCUUAGAGAUAACAACAAUUUAGGCCGCAGUGUUAACAAGGGUAACUUUCACCGUAUCAAAGCUGCUCUCUCUUAUGGUACUAAAAAGUUGGGCGACAUUUUGAUGUUACCAUCACAAAGUAUUGAAUGUGGGCUUGAAAAGUUUUUCAAGGAUACAUUGGAGAGGAAUGGAAAUGGAAGACGAGCAGAUGUCACAGUCCCUGUGGACAAGUAUGGUUCUAAUAUCUUCACUGGCAACAGUGAUCAUGAUCAUCUUCUUUCAGGAAUACAUUAUGCUCUGUGGUUUCUUGAUUAUGGUGUGAUGUAUCCUGUACUCCCUGAAGCAUCAGCACAUUGUAUGGUCUGGAAUAAUCAGUGUAUGGAGAUGGGUCAUAAUGUGCAAUUUGAUCAGAGCUUGUAUAAAAACAUCAACAUAAGUCCACCUUCUGUUAAUUAUCUGACAAGUUUCCCACAGACAAAUGCCGCAUAUGUUACAGAGGAGCGGAAAUCAAGGGGAACUGGGACAUAUAUUCCUAAUCUUGAGCAUGUCAUGGGAAGGCAUUUUAAUUUAGAAGCUAGAAAUGAGGAACAGGAAAAGAGAAAGGAGGUUGAAUCUGUGGACUCUCCAUCUUGCACCUCUAGAAAGGCUAAUCUGUCGUCUGGUGUGGGAGGAAACAUAAAUGCCUUUAAUUUUUCGAUUGAAGAUUUCCCUAUUCUUCCUGGAAGUAAGCCCAUACCUAUUAAAGUCAACCAAUCGAAUCCCCUGGAGACUAAGCAGUUCAAAGAGACAUCAGUGUCAUUGGAUAGCAUUGAGUUUGAUAGCUUCAAACAUUCGUCACCGAGAUCUCUGUCACUGUCAGAAGCAGGGAAGCAGUCAGAUUCUGAUGUUUCGGCUAUUUUGGACCUUGUGAGUGACCCAACAACUAUGACAGUACUUGAAGACCAGGAUUCAUCUAAGAGCGAGGAAAAAAUGGUGGUCCCUGUGCAGCCGUUGCAGCUGGCAGAUGACAGUGAGUUUCCCCCUCUAAGCCGUCCUCCAGAACCUGUUAUAACGCUUAAUAAGAAGGAAUUUCCUCCUCUUCGGGCAUGUUUGAAGUCACAGAAAAAGGGGAAGUGGAAAUCAGUAUUUAAAUAGGUGUAGCAAGGGGUAUAGAAAGGAAUUGCAGCAAAAUGAAGGAAUAGGGUUUGUUGCUGUGAUUCUGUGACUAAUUUGAUGACUAUCUAAGAGAAGAAAGCCAGUGAUCGCUAAUAUUAUGGAUAGAAGCUGUAGCUGUUUAGAAAUAGUUGCAUUUGAAGCAAAUAGUUCAGAACAUGUUGUUGUAAGAACCUUUUAGUUAUAGUUGCUCGCUGAGUUCGAGACAUUCUAUAUGUAUCCGUUUUAGUUAAUUUUAUUCAGAUGCUUUAGCAAAAACUUGUUGGCAAAAAAACAUGAUUUUUGCUUAACUAAAUUCUCUGAAUGUCAUCAACAACUUACCGGAA